AUGGACCAAGACCAGCCCCGGCUACUUCAACAGAGAUAUGGACAUCGACCAUCAGAUGGCAUGAGCAACUCGCCGUGGUCUCCUACCUUGGAUCUUCUUCUUAACCACGCAUCCGUCCGCUCCUACUUCCCAGACACGCUCCCCGAUGGCACUCUCGAAAGUCUCAUCGCGGCUGGCCAGAGCGCAUCCACCUCUUCGAUGCUCCAAACCUGGAGUGCAGUUGCCAUAACCGACCCAGUCCGCAAAGCCCAGGUUGCAACUCUUGCUGGCGAUCAAGACUUUAUCCGUCAGGCACCUUUGUUCAUUCUUUUAUGCGCCGAUCUCAACCGCCUCGCGAACAACGCCAAGCGCCUGCAGAAACCGAGCCCUGCACUGGAGAAAAUGGACAUGUUCGUCAUGGCGACUAUUGACGCAGCCUUGGCCGCCCAGAACAUGGCCGUUGCGGCGGAGUCACUGGAUCUCGGCAUGUGCUACGUGGGAGCUGCCCGAAACAAUGCGGCUCAGCUCACGGAGCUCUUGGAGCUUCCACCACGUGUUAUUGCGCUAUUUGGCAUGACUGUCGGGAAGCCUCAUCAAAAUUACUUGAACACAACCAAGCCCAGAUUACCGUUGAACGAGGUACUUCACAGGGAGGUUUGGAAUGCCGGGGGCCAAGAGGAGCGGGUUUCUUCUUAUGAUGAGACACUCGGGUCCUUCUACGAGCGCCAAAACAAACUCAAUAGAGGAUUCUGGAGUGAACACACAUCUAAUUCCAUAGAAACAGACAGAUUGAAUGGUAGAGAACAUCUAAGAGACGUUCUAGAUGAGCAAAAGUUUGGGUUUUCCUAA